UGUUCAUUGUGACAUCAUCGGGUUGGUCAUUGUGACAUCAUCGGGUAUGGUCAUUGUGACAUCGUAUGAUCAUUAUGACAUCAUCGGUAUGAUCAUUAUGACAUAAUAAUCCGUGCAACUAUUAAACUGUCCAGCUAACAGUGAACUCAUUUUAUGCAUAGAGCUUGAAGUGAACACUUCUUGUUAGUGAACACUUCUUGCUUCUGUGCAUAUCAAAAAGAACUGUGAGUAGAAAAAUUAUAUUUGUGUUUUUUGCUAUAUGUGUUUAUGUUAUAUUUAUCUAAAUGACUUUGCAAUGUUGAAUUUCCCUGAUCUGUAAUCCUUAUAUAUUUAUAUGUAUUUAUUGAUGUCUAGAUAUUCACGGGACUAACCUACAGGUUCAAUAUAACUAAAAUUAUUAGUUGUUCUAAUGUUCUAUAUACUAUUGAAGGGGAAAUUGUGUGAUUGUGGUUUUCAGGAUUGUAUCAAAGGGAAACCAUGAAAAAAAUGUAUAUCUUGCCUAAAACCUGUUGAGAUGCAAUGGGAUGGGAAUUUUCAACAUUCAAGCAAGUUUAUUUGAUUUAUUGUUUGGAAUGCAUUGAGAUUUGCAUUAAGAUUAACCCAUUUUAGUCAAAAAGAAACAUUUUUAUAAACAUGCCCCUUUAAGAGUAUGUUAUAAUGUAUUGUUAUUAUCUGUUUAUAUCUUUUUUUUGCUUCAUAAAGCUUGACUAAAGCACCAGAUAUGAUGAAACAUUAAUAAUAGAAUAAAUUACAUUACAAUUACUGGCAUUGCUGGUUUCUAUGUUGAUAGAUCAGAUUCUCAUAUUCAUUCUUCUUUCUGUUUUUUUUUCCAGAAUAAACUCUCUGAAGGCCGUGGAAGACCCUCUUGCCCUGCAAUGAUGGGUUCCAUGUGUCUUCAUUCAUUUAUCCUUAUCAUCGGACUACUUCAAUUCUUUUUUGGAUCCAAUUCAGCUCUGAAAGUUGAAAACUUUCGUCUAUUUAAACCGAAGCUGAUAUUGAAAGCAGAUACUUGGAAUAUUAUACCAUGUGCCUUUCAUACAAGGCAUCCCCUGAAUCCGUCACACGUCAAAUUGGAAUGGGGUUUCAUCCCAAAAGGCAGAAAGGAUUACCAGCCUUUAGUGCGUCUAUACGGAGACCAUGUCAGAACGGCAUUGCCUGCUUUCGCGGAUAAAUUGCAACUUUUUAAACCCCUAGUGGCAAAAGGGAACUGUUCGCUGGUCAUCAAUCCCACAGUCAUUGAAGACAGUGGCACUUAUCAGGUUACACUGACGAUAAAAGAAAAGGUGUUCAAGCCCCUUUCGUCUAUAAAAAUUCAAGUUGUGCAUCAACUCAAAGGUGGAUCACGGUCAGCACGUAUGAAUGAUGAAACAACGACAAAACCUACAAGCACCACUAAAGCACCAAACCAAGAAACAACUGCAACAACAGCAGAUGACAGGGAUUUCAUUGACAAGACCAUCCUCCCAGGUCUUAAAGGAAAGGAGAAGAUCUUUGGUAUAUCAGUGAUAGCUGUUGCAUCGUUCCUUGUUUUAUUCUCACUAUUAGGACUCUUUGUAUGGUUUGCUGAUAAGCAAAUGAAGAAGGAAAAGAUCGGCGAUGUAGAAAGCCCACCAUCCAGCUCAUCUAGUGACAAUGAGGAGGAAUCAUAAGGGAAUAUGAAUUAACAGAAUUGACACAGCAUUGAAGGCUUCAAUGAAUAGAAAAAUACUUUUUAUAAUAAAUAUUAUAUAUAUGUAAUUUGAGGUCUUUGUAUUUAUUUCUUCACACUGUUUGUAGGGUUUUUAGAUUUCUUUUUGAGAAGUGAGACCAGUAUCAGUAUAUAUUAUAUAGGUGAUAGAGCUCGGCUAUUGUAACAAACUUGUACAUAUAUGUUGUGUAGUGUUUGGGCUCAGCCAUUUAAUAGAAUUCCAGUAUACUGUGUUCUGUAUUCAGUAUAUAGGACUGUGGUACCAUUUCUACAAAUUGCAUUGCGUCCAUAAACUUUGAAAAUGCCCCAUGCACCAAACAUGGGGCAGAACAUGUUCCUUAGGGGGUUUAUCUAAUAUAAGUAAUUCUAAAACAACUGGACUUGCUGAGUAAUCAUUGAAGAUGUUUC